GUUGUGUCACAAGUACACUGAGAUAUCUGUUGGCUGCUCCUUGCAAGCAUAAAAAGCCACGUAACUUCAGCGAGAGUGUUAAAGCGCAACACUGGAUCCACCCGAGAGAAUGAUGAACACCGGAAGGCCAAUAACCAUCUUAUUACUUGGGAUUUCGAUCAGCCUUCUAAUGGCAAAUUGCACACAGCAAUGCAGAAUAGAAAAUAACUGGGCGUACUGCAGUGGAAGAUCUCUAGUAAAGGUGCCACCACUGCCCCUUAAUAUUACCCAUCUGGACCUCAGUUUAAACUACAUUCAUCAUCUCAGUGAAGAGUCUUUCAUAGGCCUGGAGUACCUUGUCCAUCUCGACCUUGGAUCACAGCGUGUCAGACGUCUCGUCAUCCAGAACAAUGCUUUCAGAGGGUUGUACAACCUAACGUUUCUUCACUUGGGGGACAACAGGGGAAUGCACAUUGAGAUGGAUGCAUUUCAGGGCCUGUCAAACCUCCGGACUCUGGUUCUGUUGCACAGUGGCCUUGAUGAGCGCAUUCUUUCAGGCAACUAUCUGCGGCCUCUGCUGUCGCUUCAGGAGCUGAAUCUCUUUGGUAACAAGAUAAAGCAAUUCACGCCAGCUAUGUUCUUCACAAAUAUGACAAAUCUUAGUGUUUUAGAUCUCUCCAUUAACCGAAUGAAAUCUAUGUGUGAGACCGAUUUAGUUGCCUUUCAAGGUAAACACUUCAGGCGGCUCAGUCUGUCCUCUGUUCACCUGACUGACAUGAAUACGUGGACUUUUAACUGGACAAAAUGUGGAAACCCUUUUAAGAACAUGUCAUUUGACACUCUCGAUUUAUCACUUAUGGGACUGAGCACCAAUAAAGCAAAAUUGUUUUUCUCUGCUAUUCUGGGCACCAGGAUCAACCAUCUAAUUCUCCGUUCAAAUAUCAUGGGUUCAGGGUUUGGGACCAGUAACAUCAAGGAUCCAGACAGACUCACAUUUGAACCUCUACAAUUCAGUGGAAUUAAAUCCAUUGACCUGUCCAAAAACUUCAUCAAUGUUAUAAAGGAAUCUGUUUUCACACCGUUGGCUGAUCUGACAAGCAUAACAAUGACAAGCAAUAAGAUAAACUUGAUAGAGAAAAAUGCAUUUUUUAGCCUGACAAAUUUGCAAACGCUAAACCUCUCUUAUAACCUCUUAGGAGAAAUUUAUUCCAAUACAUUCAUGAACCUGCCCAAUUUAAGAAUUCUAGAUUUGUCACAAAACAAUAUUGGUGUGCUUCAAUAUCAUUCCUUCUCUGGGCUUUCAGAUCUACUCUUUUUAAAUCUCACAGGAAAUGCCUUGUCGUCGGUGUACAAUCUCUCCCCUCUGCCCAGUCUGCAAGAGCUGCACCUGGAUGAUAACAGAAUUACAUCAGUGCAUGGACUGCAGAUUACAGUGAACAGUGCGGCCACAGUCUCUCUCAAUAAAAACAGACUGGACAAUAUGGAGGAUUUAUUCACCAUAUUGGCUAACUUCCCCAAUGUUACACAAAUCAGUAUUGGGGACAACUUAAUAUCCUUCUGUUCCAAUAGUUCAAAGAGUUCAAUACCAUCUAGUAACAAGAUGAGAGAACUUCAUCUGCAAAACAAUGCUUUGCAGUUGAUAUGGGGAAGAAGAUAUUGCCUGCAUUUAUUUGAUCACCUCAGUGAACUGUCAUUUCUGUCUUUAAGUUUUAAUUUACUAGAGUCCCUACCAGAUGGACUAUUCAAAGGCCUGUCAUCUCUCUACAGUUUGGAUUUAUCCCACAACUCUCUAACCUAUCUUCCAGAGAACAUAUUUCCAGGGAGCCUGAAACUGCUGGACCUCUCUGACAACUUCCUCAGUAGUCCGGAUCCGGGACUCUUUCGUUCUCUCAGUGUUGUUGACCUGAAAAAGAACCGCUUCUUCUGUGACUGUGACCUGCGGGCUUUUCAUGCUUGGGCGAAACAGACCAAAGUAACUUUGUUGACUCCGAUUUCGCAACUGUACUGCGAGUUCCCCAAAGCGCAGCGAGGUGUUGCAAUCUCAGCCUUCACCACCGACUCAUGUGACCAGUGUCAGCGACAGUGCAACUGUGCCUGAAGCAGGAUAUGGCUUUAGAGGACACUGACUCAGUCUGAGCUGUUAGUCCUGCUUUAAGGUACAGAAUUACCUCAAAGACUAUACUGCAGGAAGUCAAAAUAAUAAGCAAGAAGUGCAAAAUAAAUAUGAAGUAUUUUUUGUAUGUCCUGGCAAAUGGAGAGUCAGGUCAGGCAAGUUAAUACUGGUGAUAUUAAAGACAAAGACAAUCAUAACCAGAGGAAAAGCACAAUGUCUAACAACUAUUUAUUGAUUAUUAAUGUUUUGUAUAUAUUAUGUACAUGUAGGGCCUAAUCUACCCUUCCAAAACACAUAUUUUGUUGAGAAUAAAUACAUUAUAACAUGCAGAAAGAUAUAUUAUUAUUAUUAUUAUUAUUAUGGAAUUUUAAAACUUUGGAAAGGUGUAGUAAUUGUAUGUUAUGUGAAAGGAUGUUUACCUAUAUGAUAUAUAUGACAUAACUACUGUAUAUACUGUAUAUGUUUAUGAAAGGAUGUAUUGUAACAGCAUAACAUGCCUACUGAUGUAUUUUAAGCAUUUCAUUUGAGUGCUUGUGCCUACCACUAGAUGGUAGUAUCUGUAAAUUAAAGACUAGUGCCAUUAAUAAAUAAAACCAUGAAAUUGCA